CUCCAACACGUCACUUCCUGACACAUUGGUCAUCAACAUCUGGGAGGAGAUACGAGCUCUGUGUGCAGGAAUAAAGCCCCAGAUGAUGCGUUAGUGUGCCGUCCCCUCUCCCUCUCCCGAAGACUUCCACCCCUCCUCUUUCUCCUCCUCCACAUCCUGCCGAGACCCCAGUGAUGUGGCCCCCCGGCUGCGCUUUCCUGUCGCAGUACACACAUCAUCACCUGGUCGCCUUUCUCCUGACCUUCUUUAGCUAUGUCUUGCUGCAUGCUUCACGCAAAACUUUCAGUAAUGUGAAAGUGAGCAUCUCAGCACAGUGGACUCCUUCAGCGCAGAACACUAGCUUUUUACCUGGAGAGACAUGGGAAGGCAACAAACUGUUUGCAGACAGUGAAGAGGCCACACUGUUCCUGGGUGCCCUGGACACUAUCUUUCUCUUCUCUUAUGCUGUGGGCUUGUAUAUCAGUGGGGUAAUCGGAGACCGGCUGAAUCUCCGUUAUGUCCUGGCCACUGGGCUGUGUGGUUCCGCUAUUGUGGAGUUUAUUUUUGGAACUCUGACAGAGUGGCUGCAGUUCUAUAAUGUGUAUUUCUACUGCAGCCUCUGGGUGCUGAAUGGCCUGCUACAGUCAGCAGUAUGGCCUUGUGUGGUGGCUGUCAUGGGCAACUGGUUUGGUAAAUCUGGCCGAGGUUUUGUGUUUGGCUUGUGGAGUGCCUGUGCGUCAGUGGGGAAUAUACUGGGAGCGUUCCUGGCAUCCAGUGUCCUCAAGCAUGGCUAUGAGUAUGCUUUCCUGGUGACAUCAGUGGUGCAGUUUGCGGGUGGAGUAGUUGUGUUUUUCGGCCUGCUCACCUCCCCAAAGGAAGUUGGUCUUAGUGACUCUGCAACAAGUCUGAUUUCAGUGGAAAGGGAUCCAGACAGCCAUCAGCCACUCAUGAGUGAUGAUGAGGAGGGUGAUGAAGAUGCAGUUUGUGAUGGAGGAUACUAUUCCAUACAGCAGCAGGAUGAAGAACCUGUGUCCCAAGCCAAACCCAUCGGUUUCUGCCAGGCCUUCUGUCUGCCUGGAGUCCUUCCUUACUCUUUGGCCUAUGCUUGUCUGAAGCUGGUGAACUACUCCUUCUUCUUCUGGCUGCCGUUCUAUUUGAGCAACAACUUUGGCUGGAAGGAGGCUCAGGCUGACCGUCUGUCUGUAUGGUACGAUGUAGGAGGAAUUAUAGGGGGAACAGUGCAGGGCCUGAUCUCUGAUUUUCUUGGUAAAAGAGCUCCUGUGCUUUCUGUCAGUUUGCUCCUGGCUAUGGGAUCUUUAGUUGGAUAUAGCCAUUCUCCAAAUGAUCAAGUGAUAAAUGGAGUGCUUUUAGCAACAACUGGUUUUCUUAUUGGUGGCCCCUCUAACAUGAUAAGCUCAGCAAUCUCAGCAGACCUGGGCAGACAAGAAGCUCUACAGGGCAGCCAGGAAGCUUUGGCCACUGUUACGGGCAUAGUGGAUGGAACUGGCAGCAUCGGGGCUGCAGGUGGACAGUACCUGGUGUCACUCAUCGAGAGCAAACUAGGAUGGAUGUGGGUCUUUUACUUCUUCAUUCUUAUGACGGGGUUCAGCAUUGUGUUCAUCAUUCCUCUUAUUAUAAGUGAAGUGCGUGCCAUGUGCAGAGACAGACAGGCGAGGACACACCAGCUCUGAGAGCUUAUUUAUGUUUUGGACUCUUGUUUUAUUGAGGUUAGUAUGAGAGAGAUUGGCUGUGUCUCAGUCUGAACACACAGAACACUCAGUUUUAUCCCGCUCUCUGGCUGCUUUUUAAAGAUUUUGUGACAGUUGGUCUAAAUAGUUAGUGCUUGACUCCAGGGGUGAAUUAAUUUAUGCCAUAUUAGUAACAAUGACUGGAGAGAGGUAAGUGUCAUCCGUGUCUUAACAGGCCAGGAGUGACUGUCAGUUUAACUAGCCUGUUAAGCAUGUUUUCUUUUUUUUUUCAUAUUCUCGCUUGAAACAAGCUCAGUGUAUUUCAGUGUAUGUUUAAAGCAACACUGAUGUAUAACAAUGGAAGACUUUAAGUGGUUAUAUCAAAAGUUAAUUAAGAGAUCAUUGCUGUCUGUCAAACCUUGCAUCUCCAAAAUUGCAACUUUUAAAAAAUAUAUUUUCAAUGGAUGCACUAUUGGUGCAUUCAACACAACAUUUAAACAAAGUGUAAAGAACAACUGCCAUAUUCAUAGUGCUGAAGCCCUUUAACAGUGGUUCAGAGCUUUCAGAGCACAGAGCAAGACUUCAAGUUAGUUAUCUAUUUGGGUAGCAGAACAUCUUAUUUUCUUUUACUCAGAUAAUAAGGCAGUAAAAACUGUGCAAAUCCAACUCAUGUCAUCAGACGGGUGGCUUCUGUUCUGUCAUCCCGUGGGUUCUAGCAGUAACUUAAAAAACAUUAGUGGUUUGCAGUUUCCAUUAAGAAAGAGAAGACCAGCUUUUUUAUUUGGCUCUUAUAUCUUGAAAAAACCCUUAAUGAGCAAUUUAAAGCCUUUACACAAUUCAGUGCCUUUAUUUUAGGCCCAGAUUUUAAUUCUGAGUUUAGCAUUUUGACAUUUGUAGGUUUUGAGGCCUAUUCACAACAAAUCAGAAACUGACGGACUGUGAUCAGUGUUGGCAGUUUUAUUAUAAUGAAAAGUACCUAAAUCCAGUUUGAAAAGUCGCAAAAUGUUUCUAAAUAAUACCAUGCAGUGUGAAAAAAAUAUUUUGUAUUUACAUGCUGCCUAGUGUUAUAUGGUAGCAGGCUUUUACAGUGAUGAACAACUAUUUCAUAUUUAUCAAAAAAAAUCAGCAGUAUGCAAUAAAUUAAGGAAUGCACUGAAAUUCAGCGAAUCACAAAAUGGAAUUGAACGUGCAAAUACUUCAGUAUAAUAUAUUGUGGAGGUAAUGUGGAGGUAUAAUAUAACAAGUGGAGGUACUGAGUUUUAUGCAUUUAGUAAUUUAUUAGACACAAGUACCACAAUGAUUUUAUGUUAAUUAAAUUAUUUUCAGAUCAAAAACUCUGAAUGAAAAUUAACUCAACAGAAGGAGUAGCGAACAACAGAUUAAUGAUUCGUCUUUGGCAGCACUACUUGCUGUUAAAUUCGUCUUACAAAUAAAACGAACUUGGUGUGAAUAGGCCUUUAUUCCCCAAAAAAAGAGAGGAACCAGCCAGCAGUUCCUUCAGCAUUUCUUUCAGUCCAUUAAUUAGUGUAAGCAAAUCUAAGCAACAUUUUUCCAGCUGCACGUACUUGUAAAAUAGAGUGGGAAAAUGUGUUAACCAAUGGAACUGUAUAGUAUCUAUUCUUUUAAAUUGUGUUAUUUAUUAAUCUUUUUUUUUUUUAUUACUGAAGAUUUUUAUUGAUUUUACUGGCUGCUUUGAAGGGGCAGAACCUUCGUGCUGCAGUUGUGGUUUGUAUGUUGUGAUGAAAGGAACCAAAUCACUCAGCCAUUCCACAUAUUUGGGUUAAUAGAAGCUAGAAACUGGAAUUUUUAAGUGGUGCUUUUGGGGACUGUUUAAAUGAGAUUUUAGUUUAGUAGUGUUAGUUUAGUUUUUUAAAGCAUUGUGGUGUAUAUACUCUAUAGUAGUAUAUAGUAUAUAUACACUAGAACACAUUUUGUGAAUGAUUUUUUGGACUGCCUUAAAUUGAGUGGAUUUAUUGAACAACAGCAUCAACAAAAUGAUGGUCUGUAUUGAGUACUAAUGUAAUAUAUAUACGUUAUACAGAACAAUUUCAAGGCAUCUCUAUUACUGUACAGCACCAGGGUUUUUAAUGAGUGAAAUGUACAGCAAUAAAUAUAUAUAUAUAUAUAUACUGUACUGUGUAAAAGUUACAGACUACCUUUUAUUUAUUUAAUUUUCAGUCGAAAGUUACAGUUUGCCAUAUCGCUAUAUGUGUAACAGAUCACUGCCACAUCCUGAACACAUUCAGUGAUAGAGUUCUGUACUCUGGGGUAGUCAUUUAUUUGUCCACCACUUGUGAUAACAAACAUGUAUAACCCCCCCCCUCCUUAAUUUUCUCUUUUCCUGUGUGCUGCGCUCUUAUUGGCUGUAGCUCCUCGCUGCACAAAUAUAAACAUGCUUGUUAUUUGCAGACAUCCCUGCAAAAAUUAAUUUCAGGAAGGUGCCCCCGGACCUGGACUUAGUACUAUUUAGUACUAAUACAAACUGUACAGCUGGCAAGACUUUCAUUGUUUUUUACUUUUACCAGACAUGGAUAUACUUUAGAGUAGUUAGAGAUGAAAUGAGUUUCGAUGGGAGCCGUGAUGCUCCUGAACACAUCCCAUCCAGGAGGGAAAAAACACUGCCUGCCCACACUAAAAAGUGAUUGGCUGACUCACAGACUCUUUGCAGAGAACAGGCCAAUCAGAACCCUCUCUGUUUUGCAUGGGCUGCAUCUUUCUUUCCUUCUCUUUUGCAAAAAUGAUUGGGGAAAAAGUCUGUGUCGCCUGCGUGCGCAUGCUAGAUUCCAGGAGUUUUUUUUCUGAUCUGCAGGCAUCAGGGAGCCGUUAUUGAUAUGCGGUAGUCUCCUGCGUCUUCCGUGAGAUUUGGGACAUCUGUAUUUGUCAGGGGCUUGCAAGGCAGUCAGAUUACACAUAGCUUUAGUGCCAAACAAACAGCAGUUGCCUCUGAUCCGAGACUUUUGUCAGUGAUUUACAAAAACAAUUGGUGAAUAUUAAGGUAGAGUGAGGUAGAUGUCCACAUUGAACCUCACACCAAACUACCUCUUAUCCUGGGAACAAUGAGUGCAGCCAAGCCAAUUUCUAAAUAUCCUUUGAAGAGCUUAAAUUAAUUCAUUUUAUUUUACAUGUAUCAAUAUCAAUAUACCCAACAGUCUAUGUCAUCCACCUCAUUUGUAAACAGGGUCUAAAUCUACACAGAAUCAUCUACUGAAAUAAAUAGUAUUAAAUAGUUUUUUUUAGACUGGGAAAGUAAAUACACAAAGGGUGAUCUCUGACUUUUGCACUGUACUAUAUAAAUAAUCACUCUAUACUCUAAAAUAGUGUAUAUAUGUAUACUAAGUAUGAUGAUCUCUUAACACUUUAUUACUUGUGAAAAGAUGUUCUGGUGAAUCACACCUCGAUGGACAACCUCGCUUUUAAAUUUGCUCGCUUGUCUCAGGAUCUGGAACUGUAAAGACCUUGGAAAGCUGAACGUUGUUAAAAUGAGUUAAAACGAGACUCUUCAGCUUUUAGAAAAACUGGUACGAACUGCACACAGCCUUUUUUUUGCAGCGCAUGCCUUUAAAUUAGUUUGUACUCUUCAGUGAAACUAAAGGAAAACACUAUGUCACUCAUAAAAACGUGCUAUAAUGGGAAAGAGAUCACAGGUUUAUUUUGGUAUGAUGCCAUAGAUCUAAUGGAAACUUGAUGAACUUGAUCACAUGUAUAAUGUUGAAAUCAAGCUCAGGUCUUUCUUUAGUGAAUGCUCUGACGAAGCAGCAGGUUUGCUGCUGAGCCACGGUUAGAUAUACUUGAUUUUAAAAGAAUGUUCUCUCCCAUUCUCUGUGGUAAUGUUUUUUUUUAUUGUUUUUUUAAAUGUGAAAGUCCUUAUUUUAUGUGAAUGUUUCACACAUGCACUUUAGUAAGAAUGGCUUAAACUUUUAUUUUGUUAUUAUGUUGUUGUAUUUUAUUUGCAAAGAUAUGUGAUUUUUAAGUGAUUUUCUACUUAUUAAAUUGGAUUUAUCUGGUA